CAAUAGGGCAUCUGCUAAGUUUUAGACCGCUCUCUUUUUUUCAGUUUUUAUGAUCCUAAUAUGGUAACGUGUUCUGAUUGGUUUGGGGUAACAAGUAACAAUAAGAGGCGUAUAUAAGACAGCCGCUCUGGGUGAGGGUGUUCUUCUCUCUAGAACUGUGUAGAAAUCUUCUUUAAACAACCUUCUUGCAAGAAUAAAAUCAACAAAGACAUUUCCUGAGUGUUUGUUUCAUUACAUUCUCACCACUGAAGGAAUAAAGAACUUGAAAUCAAAAUCAACAAUUCUUAUUUUUUAUGGAAUAUUGCAGUAUUUAUGAAUGAUUUAUCAAUGCACAUCACAUUUAAAUUUCAUGUGCCCUCAUAAUCUUUAAUUAAAAUAACUUCCCCUCCCUCUUGCAUUUAUUUCUCGGGACAACCUGUUAAUCACAUGACAUUACAGCAAUGGACGAGUUUCACUCGAAUAUACAUCACAAAAGGGAAGUUGACCACAAGUUUGUUUGCCAAGAAGACGAGUGCUGACUACAUCUACAACAAACAAGGAACAAGAUCAUUUAAUGUUUGAAGGUUAAAGAGCAGAAAUGGCUGAUGGUAUUUAUGAAGAUGUGAUCAGGACUGAGUCUGAGAGAAUGAACACAGACAGAAUGGAGAUGACAGUGGCAAUCUAUGAGAGUGCAGAAGAAUAUGUGAGAGAUCAUGACUUCAGGACAGAGACAAACACACACCAACCACUUCAGCGUACAGGAAGUGAUUGUGUGAAGAUCAGAAGCUCCAGAGCAGCUGCAGUGUGUUUGGUGCUGCUGUGUGUUCUUCUGCUGACUGCAGUCAUAGUGCUGUGUGUCCACAUCCAUACAAAGAGCUCAAACUACACACCAGAGACACACCAGCUACUAACUAACAUCACCAACCUCACACAAGAGAGAGACCAGCUACUAACCAUGAUUACCAACCUCUCAGAAGAGAGAGAUGGGCUGAAAAUAAAGAACAAAAACCUGACCAAUGAGAGAGACCAGCUACUAACUAACUUCACUAACCUAUCAGAAGAGAGAGACCAGCUACUAAACAAGAACAUAGCCUUGACAAAUGAAAGAGAUGAAUUAACUAAAGAAAGAGACCAGUUCAAUCAGGAGAGAAAUGAACUGUGGAAGAUGCUCAAUGAAAUGGGUGGAUAUAUUUAUCAAUCCAGUUUUUACUUCAUUUCCUCUGAGAAGAGGAACUGGGCUGAGAGCAGAAGAUACUGUACAGAGAGAGGAGCAGAUCUGAUCAUCAUAAACAACAGAGAGGAACAAGAGUUUGUUAAAAAGAUAUCUGGUGGUACUGGAGUCUGGAUUGGUCUGACUGACAGUGAUGAGGAGGACAGAUGGAAAUGGGUUGAUGGCACCAACAUGACCUCUGGGUUCUGGGCAUAUAAAGAGCCAAAUGGAUCUAAAAAAGAGAACUGUGCUUUGUUAUAUUCAUCAGGGUGGUAUGAUUAUCAAUGUAAUAAAGCUUUUAAAUGUAUAUGUGUGAAAAAUAUUUAAAAUUAAAAAAAGAAAGAAAAAAGAGCAAUUAAAUUAAGUAUAUUUGUGAAGUGUGUUGUAACUGAGUCAAGUUUAUUCUCACCAUAGAUGUAUAUAAUGACAGUAACUACUGUAUCGGGUCAGUGAGUAAAGUACAUGAGAACAUCUUAUCACAAUAAACACAUUAUUUAACAUUAUUUAUUAACAUAUUUAAUAAAGCCCAAACAAUGAGUUCAGUCAAAUAUAACCAACAGUAGCUUGAACUCAGACCUCAAAACUAUUAGCUUUGAUGAAGAUGUAACCCUUCUCUAAGGGUAAGUACACACUAGGUUCAGAUACUUAAGUAUUUAAUUCUAGUAUAAUAAAUGGAGCAACUGGAAGUUAUUGAUAACCACACAAACUAUCACCGCAACCGCACAGUGUUAUCACAUGAGACAUUCCGCAGCGAUUGAUGACUCCGUGGAUCCAACGAUCAAGGGUUGCUGGCUCGCCAUCUUCCCUCCGGAGGAAUUCAAAUACAAAAAAAACACCUGACCGAGAUUCAAGUUCACAUCUGCCGAAAUGCAGCUCUAAAUUCAAUGGUUCAAAUGUUCAUGACGAUCUCAAUCAUCUUUUUAAUUAAUAAAAGUUUAUAAAUGCACUGUAUUUACAUAAAUUGUAGAGUGAUCAAUUCAAACUUCCCUGCAUCUGCACAACAAAUCAUCUCAUCACUCUCUGCCAAUACUCACUUGCAUCUCCCCCAGAAAGAGGGUUUUCAAAUUUCCAUCUGCUCACACACUCUAGUUACCAGGCAGAUUUCCUAAUAUCAGGUUUCACAGAGCAAGGUGACUUAAAGGCACAAUUAAUGAUAAUGAAUUCAUACAAAUAUGCCACCAACACAUUCAUAUUUUCUUUUAUGGGGAUUUUGCAUAGGGGUUACAUCCUCCCCUACAAAAUUGACAUGAGUCCCUCAUGUAUUUUAAAUGAUAUGAUACUCUGAAGAUGUAGUGUUCCUUGGAAUCAUGCUCUGA